AUGCUGGAUGAAGAGAGACCUGAAAAGCCGGUAACCUUAGAAUUCAUCAACAAGGAAAUUCAGCGUACCCUACAACGUCAGCAUGAUACCAAAAUGAUUGGCAACAACCAACAGGCAGCUGUUCAGACACAAGCCAUUCAUACAAAACAACAGAAAACUAAGUACGUAUCUAACCAUCACAAGGAUGAUUCAAAAACACCUUCAACACCAUGUUGGUUUUGUGGCGCUAUGCACUAUUCAAACACUUGCCAAUACAAGAACCACAAAUGUAAGCAAUGUGGUAGAGUAGGACACAAAGAAGGUUAUUGCAACGUUAAAAGUGACGGCAACAACAACAAGCAGAAGCAUUCAGCUGACAACCGUCACACACAACAAACAGCAAACAAGCAGAACACAAAUUCUAAUAAGAAUACAGCACAAACGAGAGCCAUCGAUAACAGUAUCGAUAACUGGUUUCAUCGUAAACAUGUAAAUGUUUUAAUAAAUAAUCAGAAUGUCGAGCUUCAACUGGACACAGCUUCAGACAUUUCUAUUAUUUCAGAAGAAAUAUGGGCCAGUAUAAAUAGCCCCACAUUAACCUCAACAAAGCGUACUGCAAGAGACGCAAACCACAACAAAAUUGAAUUCAUUGGAGAAUUCGAAGUUCCUGGAAUAAGGUCAGCACCAGGUGCAUUCCAACAAGCUAUAGAGCAAAUUCUAGCGGGCAUUCCAGAGGCCACAGCAUAUUUGGACGAUGUUAUUAUUGCCAGCGAGACAUUUCAACAGCACCUACAAUCAAUACGACACGUAUUGAAUCGUUUUUCAGAAUACAACAUGACAGGACAUCAAGGUCAACAACGUAUGAAAUCUAUUGCACGCAGCAAUAUAUAUUGGCCUAACAUCGAUCAACAUAUUGAAGAUUUUGUACGUCUGUGCCCACAAUGUCAAACAAACAUGAGGUCACCCACAAAGACAUCAUUAUGUUCCUGGCCUAUAUCAACCAAACCGCUCCAACGCGUUCAUAUUGAUAUUGCAGGUCCUAUUCGAUCACAUUACUACUUGGUCAUAGUGGACUCAUUUUCAUACCAUCCACAAAGUAAUGGACAAGCUGAACGCUUUGUGGACAUAAUCAAGACAGCGAUAAGAAAAUUAUACGAUGGUGAUUCGAAGGAUAACACACAUCUUCAAGAAUUUUUAUUACAGUAUCGUUCGACCCCAAACACAAAUUGUGCGGAGGGGAAAACUCCUGCGGAACUAUUUAUUGGACGGAAACUACGUACUGAAAUUGAUCUUAUCAAACCUCAGGAUUCUUCAGAAAUUAUACGUGACACGAAAAUGGAGGAACAGUACAAUAGGAAACACGGCGCGAAUCAUCGUGAAUUUCAAAUUAAUCAACAAGUUUUUGUAAAAACCUACAAGGACAAUAGGAUGAUAUGGCGUCCAGGUGUAAUAAUCGAAAAAGUUGGUCAUGUGAAUUAUCAUGUUGAAAUCAAGGAUGCUGAUUCAGAUAAAGUCAUCAAAUCACAUACCAAUCAAAUUCGUGAACGUUUUGUAGAUGUGAAUCCACACGAAUCUACGGCAUACAAUUUGCAACCAUUAUUUAACCGACCAGCUGAAGAUGAUCAUCCACAUCUUGAGUUACCGGACGGUAUUCAGUCAGACAACCAAGAUGUCAAUGAGCUUUUCAACACAUCAUCAAAUAAUGAUGAUGCUACAAAUGAAAGUACUACGUCACCACCCAGACGUUCCACACGAAAUAAGCGUACUCCAGCAUGGCACCGGGACUACGAGGUUCAUCACUAA